AUGGUGUCAUAUUGUUGUGUGAAAGGUUGUAGUAACAACAGCAAUCAUAAGAAGAAAGAUCCCAAUAGCUUAAUCUCAUUUCAUGCGUUUCCAUGCAACCAAGAGCUCAAAACAAAAUGGUUAAAAGCCAUAGGACGUCCAAAUUGGGUGCCUCCUAGUCAUGCCCGUAUUUGUAGCACCCAUUUCAAUCACGAUCAGAUGAAUUAUGAAGGAUGCCGAAUAAGAAUUAAAGAUGAUGCUGUACCUGUAAAUUGUUUACCUGUGAACUCCAAUUUUGAAGCAACAAAUGUAGAAGCAUGCAGAAUUUGCCUAGCAACAGAUUUGAAGUUAUACAGCUUAGGAGACAAUAAAUUGAGCACCUGUCUGGAGACUGUCAUUGGAUUCAAUGAAAAUUACAACAUAGAAGGUCUACCACAGUAUGUUUGCUACCAAUGUGCUGCCUGUUUGAUAAACUAUAACAAACUUGUAGAGAAAAGUAUGGUAGCUCAAGCAACACUAUUAGAUAUUUUUGCAAAGAAUGGUCAGAUAUCUCAAAGUCUAAUAAAACAGCAAAAUAGAAAUAAAUUGAAUUUAAAUUCUCCACUAAAUGUUUAUACAGUCAAAGAUUAUUAUUAUUAUAACCAUGAUGAUGAAGUAAAAAGUUUACAGAAAACAUCUCUGGAUUAUGUUGAUACUUAUUUGAAAGAUGAAAAUAGUGAUAAUAAUCUGCAAUCUGACUUUAAAGCUUAUACAGAGAAGGAAACAAGGGCUUGUAAAAUGGAGAUAAAAGAAAAUACACUAAAUGAAGAAAUUAAUAAUUUAAAUGACAGCCAUUUAGGUUCAUGUUUAGAGAGUCCAAUCGCAAAUUCUUUAUCUGAUAGUGAAAAUGUUGAAAUUAAAGAGAAUGCAAAGUAUAAAAUCCUCAAAAAGGAGAGAUCUAAACCUAAAGACGGACCAGUUAGAAAAAAAGUUAAAAGAAAGAAAGCCGGUGGUCUAACGCCAGACGAAACAGAUAUGCAGACAUACUUCGAUGUGGUGAAACUGACGUUGCAGGAACAGAAAGAAGAAUGGAAAAGAAGAGCAGCAAGAAGACCUCUGUCGAGUGAAACUGUGUAUGAAUGUGAAGUGUGCUCCAAGAUAUUCGCUCAUAUUAAUAGUUACCGCAUCCACCUCGCCAGUCACGAUGCAGCCCGAGGUAAGGUCGAAUGUCAAGUCUGUAAACUGCGCUUCAAAAACGACGUUCUCGCGAAAUCGCACGCUAACCGAGCUCACGCCAAGAAGUUCUACUGCAAGACAUGCCCGAAGGUAUUCAAUAAUGUGGGAGUAGCCAAGAAGCACCAGCGUUGGCACUCGGGCUACAGGUACAGGUGCGGGUGGUGCUCGUUCAGCUCGCUGCACGAGUCGGCGCUGGGCGCGCACGCGCGGCGCUGUCACGCGCGGGCGCACACGUGCGCGGCCUGCGCGCGCGCCUGCCUCAGCCGCCGCGGCCUGCGCCUGCACAUGGCCACGGCGCACCGAGAUGUCGAGGAUACAAUUGUCACGGAAGCGUAUCGAUGCGAAGCAUGUGACAUUAACUUCGUGUCGGAAGGAGCCCGGCGGAUACAUUUACUGACUUCAAGCCAACACAGGAAAAAAUCUGAUCUUUGUGAUUCUUCAAGCCUGACAUCAGAGCUCCGCAAUACAUGCAGCAAGUGCGGUAUUAAAUGUUCGUCAUUUAGUGAAUUAGUGUCACACGCUAGGGCCGAACACCCGCGUGUCAACAGGAAAAAAUGGCGGGCACAUGACAGCUAUCCUACACAGUGUGAACUUUGUGGUGAAACAGUAACUUGCCGACGAAAUCAUUGGCAGCACGUGCGCAGACAGCACCCGAAGGAGACUGAUACCUACCGUCCUGUCGUCACCGCUAUAUGUGAUACUUGUGGGAAAGGGUUCCAGAAUUCCACUAAACUCCAUCUGCAUCAACUACGGCAUCGUGCGCCUACAGUUCGGUGUGACAUAUGUCCUCGACUAUUUUAUGAUAAAUAUGCUUUAGCUCGUCACGCGAUCACACAUAAAACAAAUAAACCACAUCAAUGUCGCACUUGCGGAAGAGCAUUCAAAUUACGUAGCAAUUUAGAGCGGCAUUCGAGGGUACACUCUGAUGUAACACCGUAUGAAUGCACAAUGUGUAGCAAGAAAUUUAAAUACUCGUCAAGCGUGAACUUGCAUAUUCGCACCGUGCACUACAAACUGCCGCAUCCACCUAGAAAGAAGAGAAACAAGACGGCCAAAACUAGUACAAGCGGUAAUGACUUGUAG